AUGCAAUUUCGUGAGGAGAGAGGCAGACGACAGGCCGGCGGAGGCGGCGGGGGUGGCGGCGGCGGCCUCAGCGGCUGCGGCGGUGGCGGUGGCGGCAGUAAUUCCGGUGCAGGAAGGGGGAACACCGGCACUCAUGGCGCCGAGACGCCCUCUAAUCUGGCCAGUAUCACGCCGACCGCGCGAGAAGCAACACGCGCCGUGACCACGCGGCAACGGCUUGCCCACAAGACGUGCGACGUGCUCGUCACCAGCAACAACAACAACAACAUCAAUAACAACAGCAAAGAGAACUUGCUGCAGGAGACCGGCGAUGAUUGCCACCUGCCGUUGCCACCUCGCUGCCGCGUGGAGUCGCUGAAGAGUCAUCAUCAUCAUCAUCAUCAGCAUCAUCAGACCCGCGGGAUCAGUGGUAGCAACGGUAACGGCGUGCGAUAA